AUGUUGAUGAGAUGUGCAACCCGACAGAAAUUUUUGAGACCUGCAUCCAUUUGGAGACGGUUUAUCAAUUGUAAUUCAUGUGGUGUUGAACUACAAAAUAUAGAUUUGCAUAAGAAAGGAUAUUUCGUAAAGAGAAUCGAAACUGAUCGAGCACAGAAACCAUCAUUAGAUAGGCUAAAAUAUUUACUGUUUGCUCAAGAUAUUCAAAAACUAAACGAUGGUCAUGAAAAGGACAGAGUUAAAAAAGUAGAGUCCCCACCGAUCUGUAAACGAUGUAAUGACGCCUUACAUCAAAACAAAUAUAAUAUUGAAGACUUCGAAAAAUAUACAUUUAAUGAAAUUAUUGCUAAUAUCCCUGAUCAAAGUAAUAUACUCCAUCUUGUUUCAUUACCAGAGUUUCCAUUAGGUUUAAAUUAUCGGCUACUUCAAGAUAAGAAGCAUAAUGUGGAGUUAGUUUUAACAAAAGCAGAUCAAGUUAUUCCAACGAAAUCCAUACUACAAAAAAAUGUACCAUUAUUUUUGAAAGAUUUUAUGAAAUAUCAUUUAAAUAUUAUUUCGAACAAAAGUUUAAGUAUAUCAUCGUUAAAAAACUGGAACAUUGAAACUAUGUACUCCAUGUUAAAGUCUAAAACAUACCUUUUGGGUAACGCAAAUGCAGGAAAGUCAUCAUUGAUUAAUGCAUUGAUUAGGAAAUACAUGGGUAAAAAAAUAACGUUCGAUAAAAGAGGGAAUGCCAUUACAAACAAUGACUAUACGGUAGAGAACCUUAAACAUUAUUUGAAGAAUAAUUGUGCUGGUGUAUAUCACGUUCCUAACAUGACCAGAAAUCUACAAGCAUUCGAUAUUAAUGGGAAGGAGAUUUAUGAUUUACCAGGGUAUUCUGAAGAAGCCAAUAAUAACUACCUCGAAAAUAUCAUAUCAAAAGAUUGGCUACAACAAAUAAGGAAAACUGAAUUAUUUGAUAGUAAAAAAAUUAAAAAGAAGCAUUACACAAGUUUUAAAGGAACAGAAAAUGGGGCAUGUUAUACAAUAGGUGGCAUAUUUUAUUUAGUUCCUCCAAAAGGAACGAUCAACCAGAUAGUUAAAUAUAUUCCUGGUCAACCAAGUGAAUUUAAAAACAUUGAUAAAGCGUUAGAAGUCUUUGAUGCAUGUACAUUACCAGACUCAAAACAUCCGUUGAAGAACUACUGUGGUAUUAAAAAUAAUGCUUGUAAUAAAAAUGAUUUAGUAAGACACGUAAUACCACCAUUCCAAGGGAGCAUCGAAAUAGUCAUGAAGGAUAUAGGUUACAUUUUGUUAAGAUCUACUGGUUCAUAUCAAUAUCAGGGUUUGUAUGAAGUAUGGCUACCAAAGGGUAUCGAAAUGUGUAUAAGAGAACCAUUAGAAAAAUUAAUAACAGAAAAUUAUGAGAAAUAUAUCAACACCAAUGGCGCAUCAACUGUUUGCCCUAAAAAUAGACCUAUUAUUAGUUCUUGUUAUCCUAUGAACCCAGAUGAGAAGGAUACAUUGACAAAAAUGAAAGAGAUGUAUUUAGAUAGAACAAAUAAUGACUUAUCGGCGCGGAGGCAUAAAGAUAUUGACCCAGUUAGUUUAUUGGGAGCUAAAUCUGAAGAACAUCAUAAUAUUUACUGGUAUUAUAAAUGGUGA